AUGUCAGCCCAGCAAUUAGGAAUUUUCGUUCGGUCACAACAGAACAUCAAACGUGAUUUGAAAUUGCAAGGACAUGUGUCCAUAAGUGCUGUUCGCGUUUGCAAUGGACAUAUGUUGGCUGUGAUCGAUGAGCGAACCGUAUUACACCAGUCGCUUUCCACCAACAAUAAAUAUACCGAAAUCAAGAUCCCUACUGGACCAGGAGAUGCGCUCGGUAACAUCUUCUUAUCUCCCCUUGGACAACACUGUUUAGCUACCACUAAACAGGGUGAGAAUUACUACGUCCAAGUGAAAUCUGGAGUUGCCUAUUCACUGAAGAAGAUAAAGGGCGUUUUGAGUAGUGUGGCAUGGAAUCCAGAAUGCAUCAAGGAAGGCGAAACUGGACACAUCCUGCUGGGUACUACACAAGGUGCAAUUAUCGAGACCAUGGUUUCAUCGACUGGUGUGGUUAGCUUUGUGAAGGAGCAUUCCACGAGCUUUGGUGGCGAGAAAAAUCUCAGUAUUUCUGACAUUUAUCUGUACAUGCUCAACGAUGAUAAUCCUAAAGCAGCAAAGUGGCUUAUGUUAGUAUGUCAGCCUGGCCGGCUGUGCUCCGUCUAUGCUUCCAUCGAUAUGUCUCCUUCUCCAAAAACGAACUACAUUGGGGCGGCAAAUCUGCAGGCUGGUUGGAUUACAAUGCCGGAAGCGCCUCUUCAUAUAUUCCAUCCAUUUUUCUCAACCAAAGAUUCUCAACAAGUAUGCAUGUCGAUGCAGAGUACGGCUUCAUCACAAACUCUCCCCGACCUCAGUGCACUCCUGGUAUAUCCUCCUCACGGAGAAGCAAACCGUUUUCUCUGGCUGGGUCCUAGUGGGAUAACAAUUGGGAAAAUUAGUCUUUUCGCCGACAAACCUCGAGACAUUGUUGAAGAAGAAGACCACAUGGAGCAUCGACGUUUUGAGGGACGGCUUGAGCGUCCCACUGGCGUAUCGUUGACCGAAUAUCACAUGCUUUUAGCCUACCCUAAUCGGUUAAACGCUUUAUCGAUCUACACAAAAACUGUAGUAUAUGAGGACA